AUGCCUAAGGACAAAGAACGCUCAUUCAACCCUGCGAUGGCGCAGCGGAAGCUCGAGAAACAGAAAACCCUGAAAAAGGCGAAAGCCGAAGUGCUGGCUCGUCGGAACGAGAAGCUGGCGCGUCGCAAUCCCGAGCGCAUUCAGAGACAAAUAAACGAACUCAAAGAAAUGGAGGAGUCCGGGCAGAAGCUGCGGCCACGCGAGAAGCAGAUAUUGGAGGCCCUUGAGCGCGAUUUACGAGCAGUGCAAAAGGCCAGGGAAGCACUUGGCGAUAAAGCCCCCACAUUUGCGAGUUCGGAACACAGACGAGGGCCUCCUGGCGGCCAAAGAGACCACGGAGACGGAGUACUUGGCAAAAGGAGGAGAGAGGAUCACAGGCGAUCGGAGCCAGAUAGUGAUAGUAGCGAGACAGAUGAGGAUGUUCGCCGGAUACCUAUGCCGCGGGACACGCCCCCGCCCAUACCUAGACAAUAUCAGAGACGGAGAGGGCCAGAUGCAGACCUGGAUUUGGAUAGCGCUCGUGGGCCACAUCCUCUGCCGUCCAAGCCGGCCGUUGUGGAAACGAAGACCGUCUACGAAGCGAAGCCGGAGAUCAGGAAUUUACGGCAAGAAGCUGUCAGCAAGUUCGUGCCCGCGGCAGUCAGAGUCAAACAGGAGUCUAUUAAAGGUCGUGGGAAACUGCUGGAGCCCGAAGAAAUGGAUAGGCUUGAGAAAGCCGGUUACAGCGCCAAUAUUGCGGAACCCAAAGAAGGUGUAAACUCCGCUCAGCCGGCAAAGGCUGACAUCGAGCAAAAGCUUCUAGAGGAGGAAGAACGAUUCAAUCGCGAACUUCGCACUGUACAGAUGGAGGAAGUUGAGGAUGAAGAAGCUUGA